AUGGCUCAGACGGAGCCCCCGAAGGCGGUGCGGCUGUGGCGCGACGCCGCCCUGCGCGCACGGAAGCUGCAGGGCGGCCCCGGCGAGCCCGAGCCCGAGCCCGAGCCGGACGCGGGGCCGCCGGGGGGGCCGCCGCCGCCCCCCGGUGCCGCCGCUCCUCGCCUCCCGUCCCUGGCGGCGGCUGCGCUGGGGGAACUGGAGGCGCUGAACCUGUGCGGGCGGGGGCUGGAGGAGCUGCCCGAGGAGGUGGGUGCCGCCCUGAGCGGGCUGCGGGUGCUCAGCUUGCGGCGCAACCGGCUGGCCCGCCUGCCCGCCGCCGCCCUGCGCCACCUGGACCGCCUGGCCGAGCUCGACCUCAGCCACAACCGGCUGCGGGGCCUGGGGGACGGCGGGGCGCUGGCGGGGCUGCGGGGCCUGCGCAAGCUCAGCCUCAGCCACAACGAACUGGGCGCCGAGGGCCCGGGGCUGCCCCCCCGCCUCGCCGAGCUGGGCUGCCUCGAGGAGCUCGACCUCAGCUUCAACCGCCUGCGCCGCCUGCCCGAGGGCCUGGGCCGCCUGCGGCACCUCCGCACCCUCGACGUCGACCACAACCUGCUGCCCUCCUUCCCUGCCCCGCUGCUGGAGCUGGCCGCCCUGGAGGAGCUCGACUGUUCCGGCAACCGCCACCUCGGGGCCCUGCCCGAGGGCAUCGCUGCUCUCCGCCGCCUCAAGAUCCUCUGGCUCAGCGGCACUGGGCUGGCGUCCCUUCCCGAGGGUCUCUGCCAGCUGAGUGCCCUCGAGAGCCUCAUGCUGGACGGCAACCGGCUGCAGGCGCUGCCCGCUGGCUUCGGCAGACUACAGCGGCUCAAGAUGCUGAACCUUUCAUCCAACCUGCUGGAGGAAUUUCCCUCUGCCAUCUUGGCACUGCCCAGUCUGGAGGAGCUCUACCUGAGCCGCAACCAGCUCACCGUGCUGCCCCCUCACCUCUGUCAGCUCCACCAGCUCCGCACUCUCUGGCUGGACAACAACCGCAUCCGCUACCUGCCUGACUCCAUCGUCCUGCUCCACAGCUUAGAGGAGCUGGUCCUGCAAGGCAACCAGAUCGCCAUCCUGCCUGAGGGCUUCGGGCAGCUUUCCCGUGUCACCCUGUGGAAGAUCAAAGACAACCCCCUCAUCCAGCCCCCCUAUGAGGUGUGCAUGAAAGGCAUCCCCUACAUCGCAGCUUACCAGCAGGAACUGGCCCACUCCCAGCCUGCCCUCAAACCCCGCCUCAAACUAGUCCUCAUGGGCCUAAAGGAUGCAGGAAAGACCCUGCUGAGACGAUGCCUCAUGGAGGAAAAUGAGAAGAGAGAGGACAUGGGAAGCCUGGAGGCUGGGAACACCCAGCACAGAGGGUUUCCUGGGCAACAGCAGGAUGUUGGGAGGGUGGCAGUUGGGUGUUGCCCCUUUCCAGAGCCUCAAGACAAUUCCUCAACUCGGGUACCUGUCAUGCAACAGGUGGAACGUCUCCCUGUUGAGCGGCAGGACAUCCCUUCUCGUGUGCCCUCUCACCGAGCAAAAAGAGACAAAACAUCCCCUGCACCAUCACUGCCACCCAAUGUGCCCCGAGUACCACUGGGACUAGGACUAUCAGGAGGCAGUAAGGGCAUCGAGGUGAUGGACUGGACAGCAGAUGCAGAGAGGGGCCUGACAUUCAUUGUGUAUGAGCUGGCGGGGGACCCGAGCUAUGAUGUGAUCCAGUCUUUCUUCCUCUCCCCUGGAGCCUUGUAUGUGCUGGUGGUGAAUUUGAGUGCCUACGUCCCUCAGCACUUCUACCGCUCUGUGGGCUAUUUCUUACACUGGCUCAGCUCCAAGGUGCCCCAUGCCGUAGUGUGCAUGGUGGGAACCCAUGCCGACCUCUGUGCGGAGCGGGAGUUGGAAGAGAAAUGCCUGGACAUCCAUCACCAGAUCGCUCAGCAGGAGAAGAGGGAUGCUGAAGGACUCCAGAGCUUAGUCCAGCAGGUGGAUGAGGCUCUGGGACAGGACUUUGACCUGCGCUGCUCCAGCCCGCAUGCUGCCUUUUACGGGGUCUCAGACAAGAACUUGAGGCGGAAGAAAGCCCAGUUUCAGUAUCUUCUCAACCACCGCCCACAGAUCCUGUCUCCAGUGCUGCCUUUCAGCUGCCAGGACCGUUGCCAGGUGCGUCGCCUGCGGGACAAGCUCCUCUCAGUGGCCGAGCACCGGGAUAUUUUCCCAAACCUGCACCGGGUGUUGCCCAAGUCCUGGCAAGUUCUGGAGGAGCUGCACUUCCAGCCUCAGGCUCAGCAGCUGUGGCUUAGCUGGUGGGACUCUGCCCGGCUGGGCUUGCAGGCGGGCCUGACGGAGGAUCGGCUGCAGAGCGCCCUGUCCUACCUGCACGAGAGCGGAAAGCUGCUCUACUUUGAGGAGCACCUCACCUUGCGGGAGUACGUGUUCCACAACCUGCCGCGGCUCAUAGACAUCCUCAACGUCUUUUGCCAGCGGGAUGCCACCGUGCUGCUCCAGAAACUGCUCAGCGACACUCAGAUUGACGAACUGAGGACCACUCAGCUCCAUCAUUACGUGGAGGGCUUCUUGCUGCAUGGCCUCCUUCCUGCCCACGUUAUCCGUCUCCUUCUUAAGCCCCACAUCCAGAGUCGGGAGGAUCUGCAGCUCAUUCUGGAGCUGCUGGAGAAGAUGGGGCUGUGUUACUGUGUCAACAAACCCAAAUGUAAGCCCUUAAACGGGGCGGCUGCUUGGUACAAGUUUCCCUGCUACGUGAAAAACGAGGUGCCCCAUGCGGAGGCAUGGAUCCACGGCACCAAUCUGAGCGGACAGUCCUUCGUGGUUGAGCAGCUGCAGAUUGAAUAUAGCUUUCCAUUCAUUUUCCCACCCGGCUUGUUUGCACGCUACAGUGUCCAGAUUAACAGCCACGUGGUUCAGCGGUCAGAUGGCAAAUACCAGAUUUAUGCCUACCGGGGAAAGGUGCCUGUGGUGGUGAGCUACCGGCCUGCCAGGGGAGCUCUGCAGCCAGACACUCUGUCUAUCGCUAGUCACGCGUCCCUACCAAAUAUCUGGACAGCUUGGCAAGCUAUUACGCCUUUAGUGGAAGAACUGAAUGUCCUGCUCCAGGAAUGGCCGGGCCUGUACUACACUGUGCAUGUCCUCUGUUCAAAGUGCCUUAAAAGAGGGUCACCCAACCCACAUACUUUCCCAGGAGAACUGCUGAGUCAGCCGAGACCAGAGGGACUGACGGAGAUCAUCUGUCCCAAGAACGGCAGCGAGCGAGUUAAUGUUGCCUUGGUUUACCCCCCCACUCCUACUGUGAUCAGCCCUUGUUCCAAAUAAACUGUCAGUGCUGGUGCCAAAGGUUUUCCACCGGGCAGAACAUGGCUGAUGCUCUGCAGUGCUCCCAUCUUUCCAGUUGUGGAGUUGAUGCUGACAGGGAUCAAUGGGACUUAGGACUUUGGACCCUAAAAGAAAUGCUGUGGGGCAGGGGCAGCUCCCAGGUGGGGGCCUCAUGGCUGGAGUGGAUGAAGUCAUCUGGAGGUUGGGGAUGACAAGGCAUGAAGGAAAAUGAUUGCUGCAGAUGGCAGGGCCGCUGGCCGGAGGGAAAACACUGGGGAUAGGUUUCUGUGGACCCAUUGAAUGCGUGUUGAAAACCCAUUUGGAUCUCAUGAUGAAUGUAAAAAUGUUCUUGGUAUACCGUUUAAUUCAGACCUGCUUGGAGGAAAGUCUCUUGAAAUGAGCUGUAGCGGGAUUCCCUGGAUUUGUUCCUGGACAAGUGAGUUUUGUGGCAGUUGGCCAAAGCUUUGCUGGGGAAUGGGUUGGUACUGCGAAGCCUUUAAAAUUGCUCCACUACAAAAUGGUUGGCUGUGUCCCAUGCAGCAAUCUUGAGUGCAGGCUGGCAGGGAAGCAGGCUGGAAAAUGUUUCCUGCCCUGUGCGUUCACAUAUGUUGUGCCAUGAAGUGGUGAGGAAGUGCUGUGAUCAUGCAGAGACAAAAGCAGGGCAGUCAGUGUGCCUCUGGCACAUGCUAUUUCUUAUCCCUAGUGUAACCAUUAUCCCUGAACAGCUGCUGGUCUGCCAUAGCUGGUACUGCUGCACUGCCAUUUUGGUACUCUCUGUGCAUUGUGUCCACUGGAGCACUAAAAAUCUAGAUCUUGCUCGUCCUCCUAGGAAAGCCACCCAGGCAUCUUUGUGCAGAGAUCUGGUAGAAGCAGUGUGUGGCUGUGUAGUACAAACUGAUCCUGAUCCCCCUGGCAGCCAUGCUUCAUGAGCAGCCAUCUUCCCUCUCCAGAUGUGGGAAAGGGCAGGCUGAGCACUGGUACCAAAGUUCAGGUUUCUCCCCCAGGUGUGUGGCUUCGAGGACUUCUAAGAUGUUGCUGAUAGUUUAUGCCCUGCAGCUGAGCCCUGGUAACUGUGCUGUGUGAGUCCUGCUGCAUGCAAAUAUUAAUUUAAUGUAAAUCAAUAGGAGGCAGGCAUUUCCAGAGCCAGGAUCCCUUCAUCAGACGCUGGGGGAGGUCUGAGAGAUUAUGGACUUAAAAUACUUGUGUUAAUGUACAGCUCUUAACUCUUUGGGCUGUGAUGGCAGACCUGGGGUGGGUGGUACAGGUCAGCAGGCAGUGCCCACCAGGAUGUGAGCUGGCCAGGCCUGCAACCAUUGCAAGAGAGUGGUGUGUCCUGUUGGGACCUGCUGCAGUUGCACAGAUGAUAUUCCCCUGGUUUCUGAUCCUUCAAAUGCCAGCCUUGUGUGAGGCUGUAAAUCUUCCCAUUGGCAAGAACUUAAUGCUGGCAAAGCAGGGCAGCAUCCACUCCAGCAGAAGAUCCAGAGGCCAGGUAUGAGCAAUCAAGCCAUGUACCUUACUUCAGGGGGGAAAGCUGCCAAAUAAAAGCUGGCAGCUCGGUCAGCUUCCUGUCUCUUCAGGGUUUCAUUCCAGCUUGGGAGGGUAACUUGGGCUCAGAUUUCAUGUGUUGACCUGCUACCUCUGGCAAUGAACCUUAUGUCAGUGAGAAUCAUUAAUUGAUUGUGCUUCUGUGUUGCUGUGGAUAAACUGGAGACUCAAAACUGUCUGUGGUGGCUGGAGAAGGUGAAAAGGAGGUGAGAUCUUUGAAUGGUGCUCAGGAAUAAUGCUAGGAAACUCCUUUGUCCUGAGUCUUGCUGCCCAUGAACCAUGCCUGGUACAGGCAGAACUUGUGUUAGAGCAUUGCCUACUGUCACCUCCCGUGCUGGGCAGCCUUCUCCUCCUGUUUUGCUGCUACUCACCUCUCUUUCCAUUCUCCAUAGGAAGAAACUAGCGAUUUGUUGCUGUGAAGUUGCGUGGAAACCACAUUGUAAAGAAACCACAAACUGGAAUCCCUUUCCAGCCGGAGGCCUGUUUCCCAGUGUGCCCAUCUGGUCUGGGAUGUGUGAGCAUUGAAGGAAUGAGAGGACAGAGCAGACUGCAAGAGGACUUACAGCCUGCUCCUUGGGACUGCAGCCCUCCUGGCCGGGUGUGCCACCUCUGUGGGAGCAUUCCCUGGCCUCUGCAGGCACGCAGGCUGCUGCUGUGCUCUGAAGCCGUAAUGCCAGGAGUGUGGCAGUAUGCAGAUCAAUCUAGUUGGGUCUGUUUAAUACAAAACGGUGAUUGCUCAUCCACCCACUGUUUAGUAACUGGUGUUACUGUGUUUUCAUCCAAAUUUUUUUAAUAUGCAAAAGCCAUUUAAUUUUCUAUGCAGUUCAGAAACAUCUCGCCUUUGCAGAGAUUUGCCAGGUGGGAGAUCCAUGCAGGAGAACCAAACCAAGCGGCUCAUAGUACUUUUGAUUUUGCUGUCGCUGUUUUUAAGGAUGCACACUGGGACCCUCAUACAGCGUCCCUUUGCUGAGCUCCUGCCUCAGACCUCACUUAAUAUCCCUCAGCCCCAGGGAUGAGAGCCCUGUAUUUUUGAAGGAUCUGUCAUUUUUCAUCAA